GCACUGCCGGCGCGCGCCUCCGAUACGGCGCGCCUCCGGACAGCUCGCGCCCCGCCUCGUUGGGCCUCACGUCCGGACCGGAGGCCGGAGGUGGACGCGCUGGCACCCCGCGCGGGGCCCCGUGAGCCCUUGAGGGAGGUGCAAGCCCGCCGGAAGUCGCGCCCCCGACGCGGCCCAGCUGCCCGCGGCGCCGGAAGUGGACGCUGCUGCCCUGCUUCCGGUCGGCGGGGCGCGCUGGGGCCGGGGCUGCGGACCGGGGCGAGUCCGGAGCGCCCAUGGCGGAGGGCGGCGGUCCGCACGGGCGGGCCGGGCCGGGGCCCGCAGGUCCUAAUCUGAAGGAGUGGCUGAGGGAGCAGUUUUGUGACCAUCCGCUGGAGCACUGUGAGGACACGAGGCUCCAUGAUGCAGCCUACGUGGGGGAUCUCCAGACCCUCAGGAGCCUGCUGCAAGAGGAGAGCUACCGGAGCCGCAUCAACGAGAAGUCUGUCUGGUGCUGCGGCUGGCUCCCCUGCACACCGCUGAGAAUCGCGGCCACCGCGGGCCACGGGAACUGUGUGGACUUCCUUAUCCGGAAAGGGGCCGAGGUGGAUCUCGUGGACGUAAAAGGACAGACUGCUCUGUACGUGGCUGUGGUGAACGGACACCUGGAGAGCGCCCAGAUCCUCCUGGAAGCCGGCGCCGACCCCAACGGAAGCCGACACCACCGAAGCACCCCCGUCUACCAUGCCUCGCGUGUGGGCAGGGCUGACAUUCUGAAGGCCCUCAUCAGGUACGGGGCUGACGUCGACGUCAACCACCACCUGACUCCUGACAUCCGGCCCCCUUUCUCCCGGCGCCUCACGUCUUUGGUGGUCUGCCCCUUGUAUAUCAGCGCAGCCUACCACAACCUCCAGUGCUUCAAGCUGCUUCUCCAGGCGGGGGCGAACCCCGACUUCAACUGCAAUGGUCCUGUCAACACGCAGGGCUUCUACAGGGGCUCCCCCGGCUGUGUCAUGGAUGCCGUCCUGCGUCACGGCUGUGAGGCGGCCUUCGUCAGCCUGCUCGUAGAGUUUGGAGCCAACUUGAACCUGGUGAAGUGGGAAUCCUUGGGCCCAGAGUCAAGAGGCAGAAGGAAGGUGGACCCUGAGGCGUUGCAGGUCUUUAAAGAGGCCAGAAGUGUCCCCAGGACCUUGCUGAGUCUGUGCCGUGUGGCCGUGAGAAGAGCUCUUGGCAAAUACCGACUCCAUCUGAUUCCCUCGCUGCCUCUGCCAGACCCCAUAAAAAAGUUUCUGAUUUAUGAGUAGAAUGCAAGUGCAGCAGUUGAUUGCAGUGAGGAGGAAGGUGAUCUGCAGUGAAAGUCGACACCGAUUCUUGCUCCCAUGAACCACAUCCUGUCUGUGCUGCUGACGGAAUCCCAUUUGGCUGUUGGUAAAGCAGAAACGGCCUUGUUCUCAUGGAUUGUAAUUCCAUCUCAGGUGCUCGGGGCAUUGGACAGUCCUGGAGUCAUUGUCUGCUGAAAAGUUCAUACAAAACUUCAUUUUGUUCUUCCUCAGUAUCUCUGUUUUGGAUUUUCAUAGUAGCAAAUUCACAAAGUGGGCCUUGCGGUGUGUGUAAGUACGGGCUGAGGUUGGAGGUCUGCUAGUAGCUCCAGCGGGGGAGACUCCUAGCACUUUCCAGAACUGUGCUUCUGUUUAUAUUUUUACUUCUCGAUUUCACUGUUUAAUUAAAGCCUUCUAAUACCUAAAUGAAAAGAGAGUUUUGGUAAAAAAAGAAAAAAAAAAAAAAGUACAGAAAUGCAGUUCACGAAUUUGCUGGUUUGUUUUCCCUGCUCCCGGGGGUGACAUGUGGCAUCUGUCUGCACUCACCCCUUCCUUGCCGCUUCCGUGUACUCUUCUUGUGGUAAUGUCCUCUGUUAAUUGUCUUCUUUCCAGGAUGGUUUUUUGGCUGGGUGGAUCGGCUGUGUUAGCUCAGUCAGUAGCUGCGUUUGUUCACGGUCUAAAGGGAGGACCUUCUGCAGUGCUGCACCUGUUCUCAUACCUAACUGUGCCUCGCGUCACGCCAGCAGGUCCCACGAACUCUCUGCCCUUUCUCUUUGAGGAGCUUCCAGACACGGAUUGAUUUUAGGAGGGCCGCACUGAAGAACUAGCCAGUAAAAUGACUGCCUGCAUUUGCACCAAGGACCGCUCCAACAGCAUUCACUGCCAGUUCUAACCGAAGGGGACACCUGUGGCGCUGCUUUCUAGUCCUUGCACACUCCAGGGCGGGGGGAUUCACUUGUCCUCUGGAUGGUUCCAGGCUUUCUGUUGCUUGGGUCCAGUGGACAAAACAUUUGGCAUUUGGUUGAUUGCUCUUUGCCUUUUUGGACCUCAUGUCUUGGUAGUUGCUCCUAGAAGCUGAGGACGGGGGCGGCAGCGAGGUCAGAAGUCUUCGCCUGGCCCGUGGGGGGUGCUGGUAGGUGAGACGAGCUGAGUUCUCCUCCCCGAGUCUGUGGCCGUGGGCUGGGCUCACUCACACCCGGGCCGUGCAGCUCAGUACUUGGCUGUGUCUGCAGAGGGGGGCCGUUGGCUGCCUCUCCAGAGCCCUCCAGGUGAUGCUGUUUCCUAGGAAACCACCUCUGGGAGCUUGAAGCCUCCGAUGACCGUUGUGUGGAAUCGUGGUGAUUCUGACCUUCAGCAGUGUUUAGGAAUGGGCAGAUUCCAAAUCUGCGUUUAGGUUUUCUGUCAUAAGAGCUAUCUAAUUUGUAAUAAUUGAAUUAAUGAUACAGGUUUACUUAUUUACUAACAGCAUUGUAGGUUUUAGUCGAGGAGACAGGCAGCAUCUGUCAUUGUCUUAUGCGGCUCGAGGAUAGAAUUCUCAACCCCACCUCGUGUAUCCUGGACGGCUCGGCCGGAAUGCCAGGCUGUGACCUGUAGGUGCAUGUGUGAGGUCUCAGGGGAGAAGGGGCCUGGAUGGUUCAGAGGGAAGACACAAUCACGGGAGGCCCCACGUGGCGACAGUGACCCUGUCACAAGCUGUGGCCAUAGUAUAAGUGUGGGAUGGCUGGCGGAGCCUGAAGUUGGGCUUGUGUGCUGCUGCUGAAGGUCUGGGCCCCUGGCCGGCUGGGCUUAUGCAGAGCUGGGGGCCGCUCAGAGUGAGGCUGUGAGCUGUGGGGUGUGGGUAGCUGAUGAGGGUCCUUAGAGCCUGAGCCAAGUGCCACAAGGGCUUCAGCCGAGAAGGGCUUCGGGGUGUUCUUUGUGGCGUUCAGGGUGGGACCGAGACCACAGUUAGGCGGUGGCAGGAGCUGUGGGGAAGUAGGGCUCCCCGGAUAUAGGGAAGUUGGACUGGGCCACUGGCAGGGGCGUCAUGUCCCUGGAGGUGGGAAAGCAGCGGCUGGUCACCUUCUCGGUAGGGCUGAAAGAGGAGUUCUGGAGUGGGUGGUGGUUCACCUUACUUUUCAGCUCUUCCGACUCUGGGUCCCCCUGCCUCGGCCCUUUUAGUUCAGGGUCUCUCCAGGUGGGCCCUGUUACAGACACGUGGCACGCUCUGAGUCUGCCCCACUGGGUGCUUUCUGCAGAGGUGUGUUAGGACAGGGCCUCCCCAGCCCUGCCCAGCGUAGGAGGGUAGCUCUGUUCCUGGACCUUCUGGAAAGCCGCGCUGGGAAUGCUGCCCGUGCAGAAGUCUCGCACAUUUGGCACGACCUUCGGGCUGCACGAGCCAAGGCCCCAGUGCAGGGUGGUGUCGGGGUCUGCUGCCCGGCGAGGCCAGUGCCGGGCUUCAUUCUGGGGGGUUGAACGGUUUUCCCAGGGUCUCUCUAAAAUUAAUGGAGUUGACUCUCAUAGUUGGUCUCCCCCAGACCUGGCCAGGGAGGUCGUGUGAACCAGGAGAGCUGAGCCAGGGAGCACGAAUGUGCACGGGACUGGGGCCUCUGCUCUUCCUUUGCGGAGCACAGGUUUGAUUGUUCAGCCAGACUCUGCUGAUGCUUUGGAAAUCCCGAGAACUGUGAGGUUCAGCCUCUGGUUUGGAACUUCGUAGCUGCCAAACAUGAAUCUGAAAACAGUGUAGAUGGUUGCUUAAGGUCAUUCCUACUUGUUUGAGUGACACUGACCUUUACUGAAGCUCCCUUUCCUUCUGUUGGCCGGGAUAGGGUACUGAAGAGGAAAGAGUAGCUCGGUCACAGCACUUUAUGAAUCAUGUUUCUGAGGCAUGGGGCACCCGAGACCCCUGCAAAAGGAAACGUGCUGGUACUCGAGGAGGCUGCCGCCCAGCGGGCCCUGGAGCUGUCCCUAGAGACGGGCACAGCAGACCAAUGGGAGUGAGCUGGAGUGUCCCCCCAGCCUGGUCCCAGGAGUGUCCCGACUGUUCCCACUCGUGGGGCACUUCCUGGCCAUUGAAGAGCGUCCUGCUGUGGGCUUUGGCUGCUGUGGACAGAUGGGCAGGGGUUGGGGUCGGGGUCAGGGGCAGUGUUGAUAACCUCUGAGAAUUCCGCUCUGGCGUCCUGCCUGCCAGAGCGGAGUCUCUUUCCCAAAGCCAUCCGUGUCACGUGUGGCUGUGCCUUUUCAUAUUAUUUACGUUAUUUAUAUAUUUAUUUAUUUAUGUCCUGCCUUGUUCCAGAAAAGGGUUUAGGGCAGCGAUGCUUGGUUUUUGAUGUUCUGUUCUGACAUUUGGGAAGUUUCUGUCGGCAUGUACUUGUUAGGUGAGUUUAAAAAGAGGACAACCAGCAGUUUCCUGUUGUUGACUGUGUUUCAGUUCUCAGGCUUAAGUGCCAUCCUUUUUUCCUUCUUCUGAAUUGAUUUUUUAAAUCAAAGGUUCAUGUGGAGGUAGAAGGGGAGGAGGAAUGUGCAGCAAGCAGAGGUCUGAGUGAAGGAAACAGCCUGAGAGAGAAGUGCUUUGCCUGCGCUUUCCCACGCGGGCCCCAGGAGCUGGGAGGCCGCGCUCCGGCCAUGCCUGCCCCCAGGACGUGUGGGGGACACUGCACUGAGCAGUCCCUGUGGCUGUGAACUGCUGGGUGACCUUGUCCCUCCUCUUGGUGGGAUGUGCAUUGGAGGUGGUGACGGUGCUGGAAGAGCCUGUGACCUUGGGGACCCCACGGGGCAGAGGGCUCUGUGCACGUCCGUAGGACAAGGACACAUUAAAUAACUUACGAAAUCAAGUUUAUUCAACCUAAAGAUUUAUCUUUUAUUCUGAGAUAAUGUCCUUCCUAAUUUGGAUGAUAAAAUGGACUUUUAUGUAAUGAAGGUGAUAAUAGAGGGCAGUAUUUUUAUUUUUUAAAAUGCUCUUGGUUGGAAGAUAAAAUGUUGGCUGCUCUUUGUCAGGUCCCAGAUUUUAACUUUGCCAGUGUCUGAAGUUGCAGAGUCCGGGAACCCCAGUCUAGCUACGGUGUAUGUUUACGUAACGAGGAGAAAUUCCUCUUGGAUUCUUAAAACAGCCUGUACGUUGUUGCAUUUCUGCUGCUCGUAGUCUUAAGAGCAAGCUCCGAGGUCACCGUGUGUGGUGUCAGCAAGUGCCUGCUUAUGGGGUGGCAUGACAGCUUGCCUGUGGUGACGGGCCUCUGGCCAUUCCUGAGUCCAUGAGAAACACUCCCCAGAAGUGUUGUGUGGCUUCUCAGUGAGGGCUGCCUUUACCUCAGGCCUUGGGGGCCCAUGGCCCCCCGAGUGCUGGUGGCUCUGUGGCAUGUUGGUGAUGGCGCUCAUAGUGGGUCUUCUGGAACUGAGACUUCAGCUUCCACUUCUGUCCCUUGGGCUGCCCGCCAGGCACUCAGUGAGCAGUCCUGAGUGGUCCGGAUUCCGCACCAACUUGGAAGUGCCUCAUUUGGCCAUGUGACCUCUUUCUCCCUGGCUUACUUAUUACUCCCUCCAACCCCCCAGAACCUGACCCCUUGGUGUGGAAUAAAAUAACCGAUGUGAACUCAUGAAUGGUUAGUGGGACUGUGUCCCAGGAGAAUUCCAUGGGAGGGACGUGCAGAUUUUGGAGUGUAGUGAGGUACAGAGUGUAUAUAUAUACACUAUACAUUCUAGGCAGACAAUCAGAUGAAGUGAGGCGGGGAGAAGGGGUGACUUCUGUGGCCUCAACAUGAAGUUGUGCAGUGUCUGGAAUGCAUGGGCAUCCUUUUUUUUUUUUUUUUUUUUUAAGUUGGUUUGGUUUCAUAUCUCUACCAAGUAAUGUCUGAAUGUGCAUCAGUGCAGUUUGAGUGUGGUGUUGGUGAACGUGUGAAGUCCAACUUGCUGCCGUGGUUUAGCCAGCAGUGUCCCUGCUCUGCCCUGCAGUGUUGGCACAGCUCCCGGGGCUUGUGUGGUCGGCACAAGAAUGUGACCCGCAGUGGGCCUGUGUGCCUGGAGACACGCUGACGGGAACGUUCACCGUAGACCCUGUUUGUCCCUCCUGCUUUGGGAAUGAAGGCGUGUUUGCCCUCAGCAGCUGGGGCCGCGACUGUUCUUGCACUUGUGCCUGGUUAAGAGUUUCCAAAAGUAUGAUAGAUGUCUUUGAUAUGCUAUUGUAACUUUAAUAAAUGCUUUAUUACCCUUUAAUUCAACCCCCCCUCCCCAAUGCCUUAAUUUUUUGGACUGUUUAUCUCAAUGGGUAGAAAUUGGUCUUGUGAAAUCUUUGAAUACACAUUUCAGCCAAGUGACUGGCUCUCUGGAAAGUUUCUAAUGAUAUGGAGAGAGGAACUUUUUUGAACUGCUCCACGGGAUCUUAGUUCUAGAGGGGCACCCAGAAUGUGGCACAGAUUUAAAUUUCUGGCCGAGCCUGUUUUACUUAGUGGGGUUUCCAGUUUGAAGAGAAUGUGCCUCUAAAGUGUUUGAAACCCAUGGCUUUCAAGCAAGGUGAAUUGUCCCUACAGUGCUCUGCAGGGGGAAGUGGUGGAGAACUGUGGGCAGAACCAUUGUUUCUGGGUCUCUCUGACAGCGGGAAGGUAAGGUAUAAAGCCUUGGGAUGAACCCAGGAGUGAAGGAACUAAAUAAAGACAUUUAUUCCUGUCUCA